AAAGAUAAGUCUACCAAUAAAUAAAGAGGCCGCAGCCGGCAGCAUGCUUUUAGACUUUAGUCGCCUCACGCCUGUUGAAUGUAUAGCUAGUCAGUACGCUUCGACAGGAGUUAUAAACCGUGCAAGUGUUUAAUAUUAGAAACUUACGUUCAGUUACAAUGAACAUUUCAGCAGUUGGACCGAACCCAACACCAUUGGUCUGCCCAUCUUGUAGGGCCAGUAUAGUGAGCAAAGUGGACCACAAGGCGACCACUAAGACUCAUCUUAUUGCCUUCUUUUUAUGCCUAUUCCUAUGCUGGCCUUGUAUUUGCGUUCCGUAUUGUGUCGACUCCUGUCAAAACGCUGACCACUAUUGUCCGAGCUGCAAUGCCUACCUUGGAACUUAUCAAGGAUAAUUUAUUAACAAUUUAUAUGGAUGGAAUUUAAUUAUAUGGAAAUUGAUUGUCAGCUGAUAAAUAUAUCAGGGGUGUGUUUAUUGACGACAAUUCGCAGUAUCGCAUUAUAAAUAUAUUAUAAAAAUUUAUACUUUUAUCUUAUCACGAUAAAACCACUGAAACUAUCGCAAUUUAAUUUGAAAAUAUGAUACAAAACAAUACACAGGGAACAGGUAGUUAAUUAAUCUUAUUAAGUAUUAUAAUAAACAGUAUAUAAUAAUAUUAAUGUAAGUCUUCGAAGAGCACUCGCGCUUAAUGCACAAUUUUUAUCAUCCAAUAUCUUAAUGUUUUAUACUAUUGAGAUUAUUAUUAUUAUUUGAAACUAUAUAAUCCUUUUAAUAUGCGUGAAAUUGAUUAAAGUAAUUGCAUUCACAAACCAGCAAGUUAAAUAAACUGACCUUCAGGACACUUUCACGUCAACCAUUUCUUGCCAUUUCAAGCCCAUCGCGUUGAAUGGACGAAACAGACAAAUACCUCAUAGUUCGACCGACAGCUUCUUCAAAUACAUACGACUACAUAUUGUUAGUUUGUUAUGAAUAAUAAAGGGCUCAUGGAUAUAUUAUUACUACUACGAGUUCCGUUUUAUUAAUUUUAAAUACUUAUAAUUACAUUUUUGUAUUAGCAUUUACCAUAUAAGUUAUAGUACGUACAUAAAAAAAAAUAGAAAAUUCAAUAAUAAUAUACUAUAUGUACUAUACCAAUCUAUUCAAUUAUAUCUGAUAUAUUUUGUUUAAAAUAUACUUUUAUUCACAUUUUUAUGUCUUUUAAUGUCGCAGUUAACUAGUAAAAUUAGCCUUUUUAUUAACAGUCUAGGCAUUUUACAAAACUGCGCCGUUCAACCAGUACGACGGUCUGAGUAAGAUCAGCAAAUACAUCUUCCGUUUAUAGGUUAGGAUUAUUUUGAUUAAGGCUCUCCUGAAUAUUUAAUUGUUUAAAUAAAAUUUAAUAUAUUAACUUUCAGCAUGUUAUCGUAUCCGUCUCUGUUUUCAACAGAAUGUAAAGUGCUUACACUCUAAGAACUGAUGUAUUCACUGAAUGUCAUAUAGGCUGCUGAUUGAACGGUGCAGCUAAGUAAAAAGGCUAGGCUUUUAAUUAAAUAGUUUAUUAAGCUAAGCUAAGCCU